AUGCAAAAAAUGAAGAAGAAUUUUAGUUCGCCCGGUUUGCUCGGCUUGUCCGAGUGGCCUAGACUUAGGGAGCUUUCCCCCUUUCGUUGGGCUUCCACGCGGUGUAGCUCGUCCGGGAAACCUGUGGACUACUCCCUGUACCUGGUGACGGACGAUAAAUUUUUUAUGGAUAAAGAGAACGUGUGCAACACGCUGAUUGGGAAAGUGAGAGAAGGAGUUCUUGGCGGAGUGGGGUUGGUGCAACUGAGGUUGAAGAAGGCAGAUGACAGAUAUUUUUACAACACAGCCGUAAGGAUGAAACAUAUGCUAGCUAAAUACAAAGUCCCACUAGUAAUAAAUAACAGAAUAGAUAUCUGCCUAGGUGUAGAUGCUGAUGGAGUGCAUGUGGGUAGAACAGAUCUCCCCAUAAAUGUAGCGAGAGACAUGCUAGGAGAAGACAAAAUUGUCGGCGCAACCAUAAAUUUUAGCAAUGACGAGGAUAUUGAGAUGGCCCUAAACAACAACGUCGAUUACAUAGCCCAUGAACACACAUUAUAUGAAUCCACAACAAAGCCAAUUGCAGCUUCGCAUCACGACGGGAUAAAGGAACAAAUACGCAUGCUACUGUGUAGAAUAAAGCAUCUUCAAGAGAAGGGAAAAAUUUACAAGCCAAAUUUAAAUUCAGAAGCUCCACCUAUUAUACUCAUUGGAGGUAUUAACACCAACAACAUUCAGCAAACUAUGAUAACUUUUUGGGACUCAUCUGCAGGGGUUGCAGUUGUAUCGAAUAUCAUUGGAGAAAAGUGCAACUCCUUUUUCAAUUCAUUAAGGUUAAGGUAUGUAAUAGAUAAACAUAAAAAAGGUUACAACGACGCCUUUAUGAAUCUGUGCAUGAGUUGUUUGCGUUAUGUUUUUUGGACUAACGUAGAAAGCGACAUGAAGGGGGUAUACACAAAUUGGAUGGUGAGGGAACCACACAUGCACAUACCACGGAGCGAGGCAAAAGGCUGUAACUUCCGGUUAGCUACAAAUAUGAAUGUCAAAAAAAACGUUCUCCACUUUUUUCAAAAUAAUCUUGAUUUGAAAUUUGUACAAUUAAAUCAGCCCGCUGUGUGCACUUCCGUUGGGGGCGGCAAUUUUUUCCUUUUCGGUUCAAAGCGCACGGAUGGACGGGCUCCAGCAACCGGUGCAACAAAAUCAACCGAAGCAGGGGAGGGUUGUUACCUGCACGGUGAAGACAAAAGAAUGCCCUUUUCGCAUGAUCAAUGUGUAAGCAAAUGGAUUAAAGAAAAUAAAAAAAUUAGAGGCGGGGUCUUCAUUCUUAUAGGGGAGGAUUUCUUAGCCCUAUUCCAAAAAUUGUUGACGCCUGAAUUUUUCCACAGAAACAAUUUUGUUGUUAUCACGAAGAAGAAACAGAGCGGCUGGAAGACGGUGCGGUGUAGUGUGCGCGGCGCUUCCAUACAGUUCAAUAAUAAUUUAAUCAAUGUCGCGUUGGAGAAUAUUCACGUGGACAGUGAGGUAAUGAACCAGUUUGCCAUUUUACUCGCAUAUUUUUUAAUGGUGCAGGAGAAGAUGAAGGAGGUGUCGCCUCAGUUUUUAACUCAAAUUGUGGGGGAGGGAGAAGCAACGGCGGAAGCAGGGGAAGAAGGAAAACUUCUUAAAUUAGCCGCUGCGGUGAACAUGUCCUUCGAGGUGUUUUCAAAUGAGCACACAGGUUUGGGGUUGGCGACCUUCUCCUCUUAA